UUUAUUAUAAAUGCAAAAAUAUAUUCGGUCUAUAAGCAUGCAGCACACAUGUAUAUUUGCCAUUAUAAGACCCGCCUACUCUUAGCCAGAAGCUUUGUUUGAGUACUGUGGUCAGGUUCAGCUUCGGGGAAAUCGAAAGUAACGAAACAAAAACUAGAUGACAGGUUGGCAGACAGCGACUUAUCACGGUCAGGAUGUCAAUCAAGUUCUCUGGCUGGGAGGUGGUGGAUGAUGGAGCCUGUUUCCCUGGUGUGUUGUUGACUCCAGCACAAAAGCCUCAAAACAAAGGAGUCUACACCAUGUUCCAUGGAACCAGCAUCACCAGCGCGCGGGCCAUCAUCACCGGUGGAUUUCAGCAGUCGUCCAGUGGCAUGCUGGGAAAGGGUGUGUACGUAAGCAGGGAUGUGAAGAAGGCCGCUAACUAUCCUCUAGGAAGUAACCCUAAUGACCGUGUGAUUUUCGAGCUGCGUGUUCGUGUAGGACGUGUGAAGCGUAUAGACAAGGACAACCAUCCACUGCAGUUCACCUGGAGCUCCCAAGGCUACAACACCGCUUGGGUCCCCCCAAACUGCGGCAUGAAAUCUGUGCCCAGCGGCCUGGAGGAAGACUGCGUGUUUGACCCUAAAAGGGUGAAGGUCGUGGGAAUCCUGGGGGCCUCCCAAGAGCCCAAAGAUCGGAGCGUCUACACUAUGUACCAUGGCACCACGGCUGCCAACGCACAUCUCAUCAUUACCAAUGGCUUUCAGCAGUCCCAGAAGGGCAUGCUGGGAAAGGGUGUGUAUGUAAGUCGUGACAGGAAGAAGGCGGAACGCUAUCCUCUGAACAUUAACGCUUCAGAUCGAGUGGUACUCAAGCUGCACGUACGAGUUGGGCGCGUAAAACGCAUCGACAAAGACAACCAUCCGAUGCAGUACACCUGGAGCGCGCAAGGCUACGAUACCGCGUGGGUACCCCCCAACUGUGGCAUGAAAGCAGUGCCCAGCGGCCUAGAGGAGGACUGCGUCUUUGACCCAAGUAGAAUAAAGGUUGUGGACAUUACUAAGGCUCCGAACGCAGAGCUGGAAAACCUUAAACAGCUUCUAGCCAAUAAUCUUAGAAACCCCAAUGUCGAAGCUGCUGUGGCUGAUUGUUCACUGUGCAACAGGAAGGUACAACAGGGUUCUCCACAUGUCAAGCAAAUGUGCUGGGGAUGUGGGCAGAACAUUUGCACACUCAUGACCAAACAUUUCUGUUCAGUGAGGGUUUAAAAUGUGCUGUAACAUUGGGCCCGAUUCAUUUGAAAAACCAAAGCUCUAACUGCUUCUUUCUGGCUG